CUUGCUGGACAGGCUUCAAGUUCUUCUUGUGUUUUUUUUUUUUUUUGGUUGUUUUGUUUUUUUAAUUGAAUCAUGGAGCUGGCUUAUGUGUGUGAGUGGGAGAAGAAGCCAAAGUCCACUCACUGUCCCAGCAUCCCGCUGGUCUGUGCCUGGUCCUGCAGGAACCUGGUGGCCUUCACCACCGACCUCAAAAAUGAAGAUGAUGACAAAGAGGUCAGUCACAUGAUCCACAUCAUUGACACUGAGCAUCCAUGGGAUGUCUUCUCCAUCAACUCUGGACACAUUGAGGUCAUUUCCUGUUUGGAGUGGGACCAAUCAGGCUCCAGACUUCUGUCUGCAGAUGGAGAUGGUCAGAUUAGGUGCUGGUCAAUGUCAGAUCACCUGGUAAACAGCUGGGAGAGCUCAUUGUCCAGUUCCAUGGACGGGGACCCCAUUGUCGCAUUGAGCUGGCUGCACAACGGUGUCAAGUUAGCACUACAUGUUGAAAUGUCAGGCUCCACAAACUUCGGUGAGAAGUUUUCCCGUGUGAAGUUCUCUCCUUCUUUGACUCUGUUUGGUGGGAAGCCGAUGGAAGGCUGGUUGGCAGUGACCAUCAGCGGUUUGGUUACCGUGUCACUGUUGAAGCCAGGGGGCGCCCUGCUAACCGCCAGCGAAAGUCUGUGUCGCCUGCGAGGCCGUGUAGCGUUGGCCGACAUCGCCUUCACAGGAGGUGGGAACAUUGUAGUUGCAGCGACAGACGGCAGCAGCUCUUCCCCCGUUCAGUUCUACAAGGUGGUGGUCAGUGUCGUGAGCGAGAAGUGUCGCAUUGAUACAGAACUCUUACCGUCGCUGUUCCUGCGAUGCACCACUGAUCCCCUAAGGAGAGAAAAGUACCCUGCAGUCACUCACCUCAAGUUUCUGACCCGAGAGAACUCUGAGCAGGUUCUGCUUUGUGCGUCAAAUCAGAGUGGAAGCAUCGUGGAAUGUUGGUCUCUAAGGAAGGAGGGACUUCCUGUCAACAACAUCUUCCAGCAUCGAUCACCCGUUGUUGGCGAGAAGCAGCCGACCAUUCUGAAGUGGCGCAUACUGACAACCACAAACGACCUGGAACGGGUGUCUGCGGUGGCUCUUCCCAAACUACCCAUUUCCAUCUCCAAUACAGACCUGAAAGUGGCGUCGGACACAAAGUUCUGCCCUGGACUGGGUUUGGCUCUGGCCUUCCAUGACGGGAGCAUCCAGAUCCUCCAUCGUCUGUCUCUUCACACCAUGGGAGUUUUUUAUGGCUCCUUGUCUUCCGGCCAGCGAGCGGGUGAUGAAUCAGCUGUCAAACGCCAACGAGCCGGUGGCCCUGCCAUCCAUUUCAAAGCCCUACAGUUCUCAUGGACAUCAUUGGCCCUGGCAGGAGUGGACAAUCAUGGCAAGCUCCACAUGCUGCGGGUGUCGCCCUCCAUGGGUCAGAUGCUGGACAUGAACACCACACUGCGCCACCUCCUGUUCCUGCUGGAGUACUGCAUGGUGACAGGAUAUGACUGGUGGGACGUCUUACUCCAUGUCCAGCCCACCAUGGUCCACAACCUGGUGGAGAAGCUGCACGAGGAGUACAUGAGGCAGAACCAGGCACUGCAGCAGGUUCUGGCCACUCGCAUCGUGGCAGUGAAGGCCUCACUGUGCAAACUGUCCUCGGCGACCGCGGCUCGAGCCUGCGACUUCCACGCCAAACUGCUGCUGAUCGCAAUCAGCUCCACUUUAAAGUCACUGCUGAGGCCGCAUGUCCUCAACACCCCGGACAAGAGUCCUGGAGACCGGCUGACUGAGAUCUGUGCCAAAAACAGCGACACGGAUAUUGAUAAAGUGAUGAUCAACCUGAAGACGGAGGAGUUUGUGUUGGAUGGACCACCGUUACAGUCACUGCAGCAGCUCAUCCAGUGGGUGGGAGACUUUGUCCUCUACCUCCUGGCCAACCUGCCAAACCAGAGUUCCAUGGUACGCCCUGGUUUUGGUUUCAUGAGGGAUGGCGCCUCUCUGGGGAUGCUCAGGGAGAUGCUGGUGAUGAUCCGGAUCUGGGGUCUGCUGAAGCCUGGCUGUCUGCCCACCUUCACCGCCACGUCCGACAACCAGGACAGCAUGCAGCUGCUCUUCAGACUGCUCACCAAGCUGUGGCUCUGCUCUCGGGACGACGGCCCUCCUCAGGAUCCCGAUGACAGUCUGGUGGACGAGUGCUGCUUGCUGCCCAGUCAGCUGCUGGUUCCCAGCAUGGACUGGCUUCCUGUCAACGACGGCAUCAUCGUCAGGCUGCAGGGCAAACAUCCUCUCAGGCUGCAGUUUGGUAAGGCCUCGUCCCUGCCUGGAGCCGGCGCCACGGGACCGCUGGAGGUCUUCACCAGGAGUCCAAGUGCUCAGAAGAUGGACAACCUGCGCUGUGUCCACAUGGGAGUCUGUCCAACUGAGGAGAGCAAAGCCUGCACCAGGUGCGGCUGCGUGACGAUGCUUCGCUCCCCCAACAAGACCAACGCCAUGAAGCAGUGGGAGCAGCGCUGGAUCAAGAACUGUCUGUGUGGAGGUCUGUGGAGGAGGAUCCCUCAGAGCGUCAGCUGACCCUGUGCCGCGCGGAUGCCUGACCGCAGCAUCGGUCUCAAAUCACACCCAUCUGGAUCCGGAUCCACCAGGAAUUCCUUCUGACCUUCAGGAUUUAAAAAAUAACUAAUUAUAGAAAUAAAGUGAAGCUUUGGACUAAAGAAAAGACAGAACACUGAGCUGAGUUUGGGGGCAAAGGUCAACAUGGACUGAAGUCACUGACACGUAUGUGUCAUGUGAUAGAUGUUUGAGCAAACUUGAAGCUUUUUCAUUCUGAGAUCUUUGAGCUGAGCUGAAACCUUUAAAAGAAAGAAGAAAAAAAAACAAACACAAUUAUUUUUACAAUGUCUGUUUUUGUUUUUUUUUACAAUGUAACUUUGGUUUGUUCAACAAACAUCA